UCCUACUCCUCUGUCUCUUAUAUUUUUCUCUAUCCCCAGAGGUCUUUCUCGAGUGAAGUUCCAGAAUCUCUACAACUCCCAACUCCCCUAUCUUAUAAAACAAUUAAAAAGUAAAAUCCUGGAAAUAUCUCAUUAUUUUUUAAGGAAAAUAUUUUUUUUUGCUCUAUUUAUAGUAAGAAACCGACCUCAUAAGACUGACCUGAGCCCCCCCUGCUUGCUAGAAACCUCACUGCCAUUCAACAAAACUGAAAACUCACUCUGACUCGAGGUUUGACCCAGCGUAUUCUUUUCUAUGGCUAAAGAUACUUCUGAAGCUGAAUCACAUCCAAAACGGCUGGGACUCUUGAAAGAUCAAGUCAGAUCAACUAAGAAAAAGGACUCUGAUCGCUUUGAGAUAGUUCCAAUCCAAAAUCCUCUAUCAUUUGAGAAGGGAUUUUUUGUUGUUAUCCGUGCCUGCCAAUUGUUAGCACAAAAGAAUGAUGGAAUAAUACUGGUAGGUAUAGCAGGCCCUUCAGGAGCUGGGAAGACCAUUUUCACUGAAAAAAUUCUCAACUUUUUGCCCAGCGUUGCUGUCAUAUCAAUGAACAACUACAAUGAUUCAAGCCGAAUUGUCGAUGGUAAUUUUGAUGACCCACGCUUGACGGACUAUGACACAUUGCUCAAGAAUGUUCAUGAUUUAAAGUCAGGGAAACCAGCUGAGGUUCCAAUCUAUGAUUUCAAGUCUAGCACACGAACAGGAUACAGGACUCUCGAAGUACCAUCUUCUCGUAUAGUGAUUAUUGAAGGAAUCUAUGCUCUAAGUGCAAAUCUGCGACCUUUGUUAGACCUCCGAGUAUCUGUGACUGGGGGAGUUCAUUUUGACCUUGUAAAACGGGUUUUAAGGGAUAUCCAACGUGCUGGCCAAGAACCAGAGGAAAUAAUUCAACAGAUAUCUGAAACGGUAUAUCCAAUGUACAAAGCCUUUAUUGAGCCAGAUCUCCAAACAGCGCAUAUAAAAAUUAUAAAUAAGUUCAACCCCUUCUCUGGAUUCCAAAGUCCAACUUAUAUAUUGAAGUCAGCAAGAAAGGUAACUGCGGACCAGAUCAAAGCUGUUCUCUCUGAAGACCAAAAAGAGACAAUGGAGCAGAUUUAUGACAUAUAUCUUUUACCACCCGGUGAAGAUCCAGAAACAUGCCAAUCUUAUCUGAGGAUGCGAAAUAAAGAUGGGAAAUACAAUCUCAUGUUUGAGGAAUGGGUUGCAGAUGUUCCAUUUAUCAUAUCACCAAGGAUCACUUUUGAAGUCACUGUUAAACUCCUUAGUGGGCUGAUGGCCUUGGGAUACACAAUAGCUUCUAUCCUUCAAAGAAGUAGCCAUAUAUUCUCUGAUGAUAGAGUGUGUGUGAAAAUUGAUUGGUUAGGACAACUUAAUCGUCAAUAUGUUCAGGUGCAAGGAAGAGAUCGGUUGGUUGUAAAAUUCAUUGCAGAGCAGCUAGGUUUGGAAGGUUCAUACACUCCACGUACCUAUAUAGAACAGAUUCAACUAGAAAGGCUUGUAAAUGAGGUCAUGGCUUUGCCAGAUGACUUGAAGACAAAGCUCAGCUUAGAUGAGGAUCUAGUUUCAAGCCCCAAAGAAGCACUUUUGCGAGCCUCUGCUGAUAGAGUUGCCAGGAGACUUAAGAAUGGCAAAAGUGGCUUGUCACAUUCAUAUUCCUCUCAAAGGGACAAGAACUUGUCCAAGCUUACUGGGCUUGCUGCAACCAGUAAAAGGUUUGAUGAUAGAAAUCUGGAGUCACCAGCUGCACUAGCCAACCAGGGAGCCAUAACUCAACUUUCAGAACAGAUUUCUUCACUAAAUGACAGAAUGGAUGAGUUCACGACAUGUAUUGAAGAGUUAAAUUCCAAGCUAACCAUCAAGAAGAAUUCUCCUAGCCAACAAAACAUGGCUCUACAAGCUGAAGUGUGCAAUGGUUCUGCGCCAGCUUCUUACUUCGUAUCUGGUUUAGGCAAUGCUUCCUUGAAUGGAUCCAGAAUGUUCAAUUCCUCGUCUUCAUCCCAGUUGGCUAAGGAGUCACCUUUAAUGGAGGAGCUAUCAGGAAUUGCCCGGGUGCAACGUCAAGUCAUGAUUCGGUUAGAUACGUUGAGCAGUCUUGUUCGUGACAGCCUGGGAGAGAGGUCUCUGGAAGUGAGAAAAAACAGGAAUAGAUUGAUUGUCCGUGAUGGCCAAGCACCUCUUAUUGCAGCAUUGGCGGUUGGGUGCGUUGGACUGUGUUGGUUUGUUCGAGCUCGAAAUGGACUCUAGUAGAUUCAUAUUUUUGUUUCCGACUCCUGCUUUCCUUCUUUUUGCUUCUAUGUUUCUCGUUGAAGUUUUCUGCAUGGUGCCCUCUUGCUCGGGAAAAUCAAAUAUUCAUCAUCGAGUCUAUUA